GCAAAAUUGAAAAUGCUUACCUUACACCGACGCGUGACGAGAUUCUGAAAUACUAUUCCAAUCAUGUCAAGUCGAUAAUCUGUGCGCAUAAUUAAAAGACGAUCCAAAACCCGAUCCCACGAAUUUUGACGUUCACAGCCAUGUUUGUUUACAACGCGGUCGUUGCUAACGCGCCAUAGACCGACCGGUCACGUGACAUAAUCAUGUGAUCACCGACUUUAUUGCGGGACGAUGUAUGCAGUGCGUUGACUAUCACGGAAGGCAGAACCGGUUAAAAAUUGUUCUCGUAUAAAUUUUCAAUCACUGAUUAUAAGAAACUGUGAUACUUUUUCAACGAUGGCUCUAAUGCCGAGGGAAUCUGCGAAAUUGAUAGCAAGACUGUCGAAGAAUGUUUUCAUCGAAGAAGAAGGCGUUAAAAACCUUGCAUGCGCGAUUUUAGAAGGUCUUAAAAAUCACAAGAUAAACGUGAAUAAUUUUUCCCAACACGAGUAUCAUCCUUCUCCGGAUGAUCCAAGGGCUAUUGAUUGGAUAUUCAUUUUGGACACAUUGAAUUAUUCAUUUUGGAGCAAGAAGGGUUCUUUGAAAUGGACUGUGAACGGUCAAACUGGAUAUUUUGCAUUGUGUGCUGCUAUUAAGAGGGCUAUAGACGAAGGGAAACCAAUAGUCGACCCCGAGUAUUAUUCUCGCAUAACAAGGUGCGAUGCCGAACACAUAUUUCGGAGCGAUAAUCAGACUAGUAUACCGCUUUUAGACGAACGAUUAAAGUCCAUGAGAGACGCUGGAAAGAUAUUGUUAGAGAGAUACCAAGGUACGUUCGUGGAAUGCGUGAAAUUGUGUUCAGGCUCGGCCGAGCAAUUGCUCAAGCUCGUUGUGAACGAGUUCGAGUCUUAUCAGGACGAGGCGGACUACGAGGGCAACAGAGUUAGCUUUUAUAAAAGGGCUCAAAUAUUGGUGGGUGAUAUCUGGGCUUGUUUCAAGGGAGAGGGAUUUGGUAAAUUCCAUGAUAUAGACUAUAUCACGAUGUUCGCCGAUUACCGGGUUCCUCAGGUUCUUCUGCACUUCGGGGCGAUACGAUACAGUAAUCCGUUUAUGAGCAGGCUUCAGUGUGACGUAGAGCUAGAGAACGGUGGGGACGACGAGAUUGAAAUUCGUGGUUGCUCGAUAGAGGCUGUCGAGCGGGUCAGGGACGAAGUUCGAUCUCUGUUCGAACGUUACCCCAACUUAGAGUUGAAAAAGUCAGACAUUAAUUCUGUACUGAUAGAUCACUUUUUGUGGGAUUAUCGGCGGGAACACGCCGCUGAGCUGGAACACAUACCGUUCCACAAAACCAGGUGCAUAUAUUACUGAACAUAAUUCGUGCUCAUCCUUUUAACCAAAGUUUCUGGAGUUCUUUUUUUGGAAACUUUGAAGAAGGGGCUCAGGAACGGUUCUAUGAUCAAUGUCGAUGCACGAAUAAAAUCUUUUUCCUUUCUAAACUAUGAAAUUAUAUAUAGCAAUGGAUACUGUGAUCACGUUUUACAAACAAUUAUGUGGAAAUGUAUUUUUAUGAUUAAAUAAUACUCAGACGCAAUGUGAUUUUAUGGUUAAUGUAUUCUGAAAUGUUCCAAUAAAAUAGAACA